AUGAGUAAAUAUAUGGAGAAACAUACUGUUUCAAAGUUUCUUGGGUCGCCAACGGGUUACUAUGGCUGUGGAGACGGUGGUCAACUGACUGAAGCUGUACGGAAGCAACCUCACAGUGUGGUUCUCUUUGAUGAGGCGGAGAAGGCUCAUUUUGAUGUGUUGAAUAUUAUGCUUCAGGUUUUGGACGCUGGUCGUUUAACGGAUAGCAAAGGGAAGACUGUGAACUUCAACAGAACUUUCAUAAUAAUGACUUCAAAUGUUGAUUCUGAUAAAAUUGCUAAGAAAAGCCAUUUGGGGUAUGAUGAAGUGAAGAUGAAAGUUGAAAAAGAAUUUCAAGCCUUAGUUCUUGAAUAG